CUCUGUGCUGCUUGACGCGGCUUCCGUUAAUACCUCCGGAGCAGAGAGACGCUUCUGGUGAACAUAAGCUUUGACUAGAAUGGCUGCGAUCAGCAGUGGACUUUUGGAGUGAGCUUAUGUUCAUGUAAACUCGGUAUAAAUGACUUGUAACGCAUGAAGCUCUGCACCCACUGUGCUGAGAGCCUAGCUCCGCCCCCGGACUUGCGGAAGCCGUGAUGGUUGAGCAGACAAGACAUCCUGCUUACAGUUUCACUUUUGUGUUUGUUACCGGUGGCGAACAGUGUAAUUCACCAUCUAAAAGGUGCAGGUUUAAACUUGCAAUGAGUCAGUGUGAGGAGACAGAGGAGAAGGGCCAUCAUUCUGAAACCCCUCUGCAUGGACAACAUAGCAGCCAGACCGAAGCUCAGAGUUGUUCUAUCACACGUCGUAGUUCAAAAUAUCAGAGCAUGGAUUUCAAAGGAAGCUCCUCUUUCAAAUCUCUCUCAGAGGAUGAGGAGGGUGUGGCAGAGGAUAUUGAUUUGGUCCAGUCUUCAGACGAAAUUGUUUUCAUCACAUGUAGUAGGUCAAAAUAUGAUGACAUGGAUUUCAAAGGAAGCUCCUCUCUCAAAUUUCCUGUGAAACACACAGCUUCCACUGGAUCCAUAUGUUUAUCUAUGAAGAGAGAGAGUUCACAAGGUCGCAUCAAUACAAAAACAAGACACCCCUCUCUUAGAAAGAGUUCUUUCUCAGAGGAGGAGGACAAUGUGGCAGAGGAUAUUGAUUUGGUCCAGUCUUCAGAUGACCUGCUGCAAGAACGUCUUAGAACUCUUCUCAUCAGCGGUUUCAGAGAAGGAGACCAUUGGGACAAGUUAUGGUGAUUUUUUCAAUCUGAAAAGGCACAAGAUGUGACUUUCUAAUACGACAAGUUUGUUGUUGGAGGAAGUGCUACGAUGGAAAAAUUGUCGAGGUUCCUGCUUCUGCUUGUCGACAUCUAUCCUGCCAGUUUCUUCUGCUCAUCCUAAUUCUGCAUUGGUGCUGUUGUUUUCUUUGAAGAAAGAAAUUACGUUUAAUAACCAAUAUUUUUACAUUAUGCUGAGUUUUUGUAACAUUUUUAUAUGGUUACUUAUAUAUUAUUAACUAGUGCAGACAGUUUGACACGUGUUGUGUUACGUUUACAUGAAAAUAGUAUAAACCCCCAGGUGUUUUUCUGCUGCUUACUGGUUUUAAUGUAAUUCUAAUGUUUUUCUUUGUCUGUGUAAAGCACUUGUUCCUGUGUUUUGGAAUGUACAGUAUAAAUAAAGCUGCUACUGUUACAAAG